AUGACCACGGUGAACGGCUACAGAGCUAUAAACGGAGACUCAACUCCUGAUAGUCGACCGAACCAAGGCACUGAAGAUGAGAAUGAUCCUCUCCUUGGAAAGAGAGACUCGGCUCGGUCUCUGACUCGCUUUCGGGGCUAUUUGAACGAGGACAUCGACAGACGCUGGGCUGAUCUGCUGCUGCUGCUGUCGUAUGUGAUCACGGGGCUUCUCGAUAGCUCCGCAGUUUUCAUUUGGGGCUCUUUCGUGAGCAUGCAAACUGGCAACACCGUCUACCUUGGUCUGGGCCUUGUUGAACCGACUAAAGGAACGCGAUGGAUCAGGUCACUCACCUCAAUCGCUUUCUUUUGCUUUGGUUCAUUCUGCUUCAGUCGCUUCCACCGCCGCUUCUCGCCAAAACGUCGUUGGGUUCUGCUGGCCUCGUUUGCCAUCCAAUUGCUCCUGGUCGUGGUGGCUGCUGUUGUUGUCAUGGUUGACAGCAAGCAAGGAAAUGACCUUCGGUGGGAAGUCAUCGUCCCUCUCUCACUGGUUGCGUUCCAGAGUAGCGGACAAGCUGUGACCAGCCGGGCUCUGCAAUAUAACAGCCUCACCAGCGUGGUUUUGACAAGCAUCUACUGCGACCUGUUCUCUGAUCCGCUGAUUAUGGCGGGCCUCACGCAGAAUGCAGAGAGGAACCGCAGGGCCGCCGCACCGCUAUUGCUGCUGUUCGGGGCAGUUCUUGGAGGCCUAUGGGCACAUAGUCCAGUAGGCCUUGCUGGUGCGUUGUGGACAGCAGCCGCCUUGAAAAUCACCAUCAUUCUCGCAUUCUUUCUGUGGAGGGCCCAACCACAGGCCCAGAGCCGCUGA